AUGGCGGCGGCGGCGGCCCGCGGGCGGGGGACGGGGACGCCCGGCGGUCGCGCCGGGGCCGGCAGCGGGCCGAGCACGCGCUCACGCGGGACGGAGGCGGGGCGCCGGGCCGGAGCCCGAACCCCUCCCCGCCACCGGGGAGACGCGCGCGGGGCCGCGGACGGCCAACGGCGAGCGGCCGCCGGGGACCCGACCCACGCCCGGGGCACGCGCGCGCCAGGGCGGGGACGCGGCCGGCGGGGGUGGGGGGCGGCGGGAGACGACGGCGGCCCCUCGUCACCACACAACGCCACCGCCGGGGGGCGGGGGCGAGCGGCGGACGCGGGCGGGAAGGCCGCAGCGGGCCCGGGAAGCGCCGGGCGCCCCGGGGAGCGCGGCACCGGGUCGGCAAGACGGACGACGGACGGGGGCGGACUUUCGGGAAAGGCCGCGGACGGGAGACGCUCCGGCGGCCAGGGGCCAGCCAGGCGCCGGAGAACGGCGAGCGGGAGCGGUGGAGGAGAGGACCGCGGGCCACCGCGAGGGGCUUUCGGGAAGCCUCAGAAGGCACCCGGGAGGCCGAGGUCGGGCGCCCAGGGGCGCACGCGGGGUCCCACCGCCCGAGGCCUCCAGCGCAAGGGCGGUCCCGCGGCACCCGAGGACGCCGGCCCGGCCCCCCACGGCGGGCCCCAAGCAACCUCGCGGGGCUCGGGGGCCCCAACCGCCACCGUUCACGCGACCGGUUCUCCCGAGAACGCUCUCCCGCACACGCGCAACGACGCCCCGCCCCAACACCCCCCGCGCGCCUCCCUCCUCCCCUUCCUCGGAGGACCGAGAGCACUUCGCCCGGGGACGCCCCCCCCGAGCCACGGCGGCCAAGGGGGGGGGCAAGACACCCAACAGCGGCGAGGCCGGUUUCGGUCCACGGAGGGCGGAGUUAGGGGCGCGGCACGCGCGGCGCGCCCGCGACCGUGCGGUCGGGGGACGCGGGCAGGCGGGGGGGACGGGGGGGGGCGGGUCGGCGGCGACGGGGAGGAGGCGCACAGCGGGCGAGGGCCGGGAGAGCGCGUGGGGAAGGGCCGGUCCCGGGAAGGGCGCGCCAACGAAGGCGCGAGCCGGGCCACCGGGCGGGAGCUGGCCCGACCCACACGCGCCCGCCGAGCCACCGCCGGCGGCGACUCGGCUCGGGAGCGGGCGGCGGCCCAGACAGCCAGCCGGCCGCUAGCGCGGCACACACGCACACACACGGGGGGCACGGGUGCGCCUCCCUUGCCGACUUCUUCCACCACCCGCUCCUCGGACACGCCGACGACGGCGGCGGCAGCCCGAGGGGAGUCGCCGGGGAAGGAAACGACGCCACCGCUCGGCCUCAGGCACCUGAGGCGACCUGGAGCGCUCCAGGGGCACCACGGAGGGCCGGGCGCAACGCGCUCAAGCGCGCCCAGGCCGGGCGGUGAGCAGCGCGGCGUCGGGCCGGCCCUCCCCGCGGAGGAGGGGAGGGCCGCUCGCCACGGACCCGGGGCCUUCGGGAAAGGCCGGCGAGAGUGUCCGCCGCGUCCGAGGACCCCGGUCCCGCCAGCGCCGCGAGGCAAGAAGGCGGGAGGCCGGGGUCGGGCCGGAGUCCGCACCACCCCCAACCCCGGCGCGCGCCCCCCGCGCACCCGCCACGACGGCCGGGCGCGGAGGAGCCGGGGAGGGAGGGGCCCGCGGGCAGAACGAGAAGAGCGGUCGCAUCCGCCGUGGACGCCCGUCCCUCGUCUGACGCGGCUUAGGCCCGGCCCAGGAGAGCACGAGAUCACCACAUCGAUCGAUCGGCAGCAAGCUGCGGCCCCGAGGGGGCUUCCCGAGGAGCAAAAGCCCAGCGAGGACGGCGACCGGGGGGACCUGCUUCCGCCUCACCGGCAAGCCCCUCGACCCCCGGGGGGGGGGGGGGGCAGGAGCGACCGGACAACCCCAGACACAGCGGGGGACGCCUGA